ACAAAAUAUGAAGCUAUUGAAUACGACUACUAUUAAGACAUUGUGUGAUUGUGCAAUCGUCUGAUUUCUUCUUUUUGAUUUAAAUAAUUAUUAUAAUAAAAUCUUCAAUAUAUACCUGGUAAAAGAAUUAUUCUCUAUUCUUCAAUCUAUUCUCUUUCUUUGUUGUACUUCUCCUUAUCCGAACUCUCCCAACCUCCGAUGAUCUUCCUCUCGCUCGACCUCCUCCUCUCCCUUCUCUUCUUCCUACACCACCUCAUUCAUUUCUCUCUUUCCUUCAUCUCUCUUGCUCUUUUUCUUUUCGUCUUUCCAUUCGUGGCCAUGUUUCAGCGCCUCCGUGAGGCCAUCGACUCUCGGAUCGCAGAGGAACAGGCCCGUCAGAAAUCCGUCCAGGAUAAUCUCGCCCGUUCCAACUCCGCCCGCAGACCGACCGGUGCUGCCGCCGCGUCUUCCCCCGGUCGCCGCCUGUCGCAAAGAAAUCCUGCUACCACCGCCCCCGUACGAGGGCCGGAUCCUAAUGACUUCGAGGCGGAGUUUGCCAUCGGCGAUGAUGAUACGUCUAUUCGCUCGGUAACUCCUCGUCUAGAGCUGGCUGGUGGUGCGAGUGCUGGUGAUAAUGGUUCGGAGGUGACGGAAGAGACCACAACAACAGAUGACGCAGAUGAGAACCCGUCGACCGGGGAUUCAGCCCCUGACAAGGAGUCGACGGCGACGACUCCUGAUCCGAUAGAUACGAAGCAGUCAGAGGCCAAGCCAGAGACGCCGAGACAGCCCGACAUGCCCGUGGAGAUCAAAGCGAAACUACGCAAGUUGGAGCGAAUGGAGUCGAAAUACAACGAGCUCCUCCGUGCCUAUCGAGUCGCCCAUGCCCGUGUUCUCUCCAUUGAACCCUUUGAAGCUGCCCUGCGCGAAAACACCCCGUUGACCUCCAUCGCCGACCCCAAGGCGCUGACCGAAUACCUCAACCAGAUCUCUCUCAAGGGAGACUUGGUCCUUGAUGAACUCAAACGCGUCACCACCGACCGCGACGACUGCAAGAAGAAGCUGGAGGAGGCCCGCAGCUCCGCCAAGGAAGCCUGGGACGAGGUCGCCAAUCUCAAACGGCAAAGGACAGCCGAUGACGAGGCCGCCGCUCCCACCAGCAUCGAUACCAAGAAGUCCUCCGCCCUCGACGCCGAGAAAGCGGUUAUCAGCCGCCCCGUCUCUCCCGAAGUGUCUGUGAAAUCACCGCCCCCGGGAUCGACGACAGCCAGCAGACUCGCGGGCAUCUUCGCCGCGAAACAGACCCAAGCCAAAUCCCCGGACCCGGAAACCGGGGCCAGCGAGGAGUUCUUCUCCUUUGACAGCGAAAUCCCUCGUCUUGAGGCCGAGCUGAAGGAGCGGCAAGAGGAAGUCCUCACGCUGAAAGCUCAGGUCGACACCUUCCGGCGCGAUCUCUCCGUCGCCCGUGAAUCAACCGAAGGCAUGGUCCAGAACCUCGAGUCCGCCACACGCGAACUGGUCGAGCUGCGAGACGCCAAGGACCGGACCUCGGCAGAAAUCGAGGGCCUGCAGUCCAAACUUGCAGACGCCCAGGCCGCUGUAGCCAAGACCGAAUCUGAAAUGGCACAGCUCCAGGCCCGGCUCAACGAGAAGACGGCCGAGAUUGAGCGGUUGAAGGCGAGGGAGACGGAGCAGACCGCGGGGGAGGACCUUCAAAAGCAGCUCGAAGAGGCACGCUCGGCAAAGGAGACGGGCGAGAAGCGUCUGCAGGUCCUCCAGAACCUGGUGACCACCCUGCGUGCCCAGGUCACCGAUACCCAGUCCGUCGUCACCGACCUGCAGUCCCAGGUUGGUGAAAAGACGGCCCAGCUCGGAACGGUGCAGGGCAUCGUGGAUUUCGUCGACACUCAUCUCCAGGAGAACCCUGCCUGGUCGUCCGCCAAGGAGAAGCUGGCCAACGGGGAGACGGCUGACUUUGAAGCCAUCCGCAACAGCUUGGUGGUGGUGCCGGAGGUCGCCCAGAAAGAGACCACCACCGAAGCUGCGCAAGAGCCUGCCACUCAGGCUCCGAAAAAUACUACAUCAGCUGGUGGAACAGGCGGUGGCGGCAAAAACAAGAAGAAGAACAAGAAGAAGAAGAACCAGGGCGGCAAGCCUGCCGAGGAGACCAGCCAAGCGGCAAGCGUGGCAGCUUCGGAGGAGCCGGUCAAGACGGAGAACAAUAGCGAUCCGGCUGUCUUGCAGCGCGUGACGGAGCUUGAGCAGCAGAUCGAGGCCCUGACGACGCAAGUCCAGGAGAAAGAGGCGGCGAUCGAUCGGCUGAGCGCGAAGCUAAAGGGUGAAGAGGAUCUGAAGGAGGAGAUCGAGUCACUGCGCGAUGAAGUGCUGCAUCUGGGUCAAGAAACCGUCGAGGGCAAGGACCGGAUCAAGGAGCUGCAGGCGCAGAAGACGGCCCUGGACGAAACGGUGGCGAAGCUGGAGCACGAGCUGGCGGAGGUGCGGACGCGGUCCGCGACGAGCACGGCCGACUCGGAGAAGCUGCACCGCGACCUGCGGGCGGAGUUUGAGACGCUGCAGACGCAGGCAGCAACGCUCGAGACCGACCUGUCAGCAGCGCAGCAGCUGGCGGCGAUGCGGUUCAAGGACCUGACGGAGCUGCGGGAGACGAUGCAGCGGCUGCAGCCCGAGCUGCGGACGCUGCGCAGCGACUCGGCGGCGCUGAAGACAAGCAAGGAGACGCUGGCGGCGCAGACGACGCAGCUCAAGAGCCUCGAGGCGAAGCAUGACGAGGUGCGCGCGGCCCUGCAGCGGGCGCAGACCGCACUGGCCGACCGGAUGAGCGAGGUCAAGACGCUAAACGCGAAGAUCCGGCAGGAGACGGAGCGGCGGCUGCAGAUCGAAGAGGCGCUGACGGUGGCGCAGUCGGACCUGCGGUUCAGCGAGGGCAAGAAGCAGGAGGCCGUGGAGGCGCGUGAGACGGCGGCAGCGAGCCUGGCGCGGGCGCAGGAGGAGCUGAAGGCCGCCCGGGCGACGGUGCGCGAGCAGGAAGCCCGGGCGGCGCAGGUGCAGCGCGAGACGGACAAUCUGCGCGAGGAGAUCAGCCUGAAGACGGCGCAGCACGCGAGCGCGCAGAGUCUGAUGAGCAGCCUGCGCGACCAGACGGCGGAAAUGGCGACGCAGACGCGCGAGGCGCGCGAGCGGUGCGCCAGUCUCGACGAGGAGCUGGCCGACGCCCACCGACUCCUCACCGAGCGGACGCGCGAGGCGGAGACCAUGCGCCGGCUGCUGAGUGAGGUCGAGGGUCGCGCGGAGGCCAAGGCGCGCGAGUUCCGCGAACGCAUGGAGGCGGCGAUCGAGGAGCGCGAUCGCGCCGAGGACGAGGCCAGCAGUGCAGGAAGACGCCGAGCCCGCGAGCUGGAAGAGUUAAAGGCGCAGGUGCGGGAGUCGGCGCGUGCCCUCCGCUCGGCAGAGGAGGACCGCGACGAGCUGGCGCAAGCCCAGCAGGAGUGGAAGCGGCGACGCGACGAGCUCCAAGCCCAAGCCGAACAGACGGCCACGGAGCAGCGCGAGGUUCGCGCCGCCCUGGCGCAGCUGCGUGAAAGCCUCGACGCCAGCGAGGCCCAGGUGCGCACGCUGGACGGCGAGCGCGCGGAGCUCCGUCGCGCCCUCGAGGAGACCAGCGCGCGGGUCGACAAGCUGCGCAAGGCGAACAAGACCCUCACGGAGAACCACUCGCGGUCUGUCUCGGCGUCGCUCUCGGGCUCCAAGACCGCCAGCCGUUCCUCGCUCGAUCGAACGAGAACUGCCUCCCCUGUGCCGAGGGAAAGGCCAGCCACCCCUACUACGGCAGGGGGAAUCGACUAUAUCUACCUGAAGAACGUGCUGCUGCAGUUUCUCGAGCAGAAGGAUAAGAACCACCAGAAGCAGCUGAUUCCCGUGUUGGCCAUGCUGCUGCAUUUUGAUCGAACGGAUGAGCAAAAGUGGAUGGCGGCAAUCACCAAGUAACGCAUGUAUUAUAUGUAAAUACUGUACCUACUACCUCCCAUAUUUAUACCAGUAGAGUAAUUCCAUCGAGUCCCUACCUAUACUUACUAUCUACUUCUACCAGUAGUAAUUCCAUCGGGGUCAGAUUCGGGUUAGUGUUGCUUAGUAUACUGCAUAUAUAUACCUACCUAUUGACGAAGCAUGGAGCAAUCAUAAAUCAUAUCAUAAUCGAACUUCCAAUGUCCAUCCGUCUCGCCAGAGCAGAAGGUAAGUCGUUGCUGUCCCAAUACUCUACUUUCUACUUAUAGCAGAUGUCCCUAUCAUCCUCGAGUUCAUCCGUGGACUAGCCGAGUACGAAGACGCCCUCGAGGAAGUCAUCGCUACGGAGAAAUCCCUUCUCGAAACCCUUUCAUUCGAUACAUCUCCUACAUCUCCUACUUCUACAAACAGCCACAAGAACAUCUACACCGCGCUCAUCACGCCCGUCAAUGAAACCGUCCCCGUCGGGAUG